AUGAUGGCUGCUAAAAAACGAAAAUCGCAAAAUGAAAAUUCCUAUAUUGGGUUUGCUGCUGAGAAUUUGUUUGGUUCUGGAAAACUCUCAUCCGACCUUCUGUAUCGUGUAUCCUCUUUCACGCAGGACCGCUUUCAAUCUUUUGUGAAUGGUCCUAUGCAUUCCUUGUGUCUAAGGGAGCGUUCACUUAGUCUUCAGUCUAACGCUAUUUCGAACAUAGAUCUGAGCGAUACAAAACUUUUAUCUACCAAACCACCUUUUACGUUAUGUGUUCUCACUUCUUUGCUAUCACGCCUGAAUUGUAUCACACCCGCUCGCCCACGUGAGCUUACGAGGCUGAAGAAGAAUCAGAGGACAGUUUCGCGCACUUACGGUGGUUGCCUCUCACCCAAUGCUGUCAAGGAGCGCAUCAUCCGUUCCUUCCUGCUUGAAGAGCAGAAGAUUGUUUCUAAAGUGCUCAAGUCAAGAAGGGGCGCCGAGUAA